AUGAAAGGGAGCAUUUGCCAUGAGUUUGAGACCGGGCUCCCUGCCGCCGACGUGUGGGGUGUCUAUGGAACUCUCCUUUUUGGGAAAUUGAUGCCCCAACUGCUUCCUGAAGUGGUCUCAAAGGUUGAACUUUUAGAGGGAGAUGGCGGUGCUGGAUCAGUCCUGCUUAUUACCUUCCCUCCAGGAACUCCUGGAUCAGAAACUUUCAAAGAAAAGUUCAUCAAGGUUGACAAUGAAAACUACAUCAAGGAGACAAUAGUUACUGAAGGAGGCGUUCUAGAUCAUGGCUUUCAGAAAUACAUGGUUCGAAUCCAGAUUAUCGGAAAAGAAGAGAAGACAUCCAUCAUAAGAUCAACAAUGGAAUACGAAGUCAAUGAUGAGCAUGCAGACACACCCCCUGUGUUCAGUACCGAUGGGUUAGCUACUAUUGCUAAGGCCAUCACAAAGUAUAUCAAGGAGCAGAAAGGUUCCGUGGAAGCUCCCAAGUAA